AUGAAACUAAGUUUCAACGAUGCAUGUUCAAUGAACGGCGUUACUAAUUGGCUUGUGCCUGUCACCCAAAGUAUUAAAGAUACUGAUCGAGGUAUUUUCUUCCGAAGAUCUACCUCCAAUAUAACAGGUAUUAACACCGUAACAUUCAGCGAGGGACUGAACGCAGGACCAUAUAUAAAUGCGUCAUAUAGUGAAACUUCCGUGUUUACCAUCGCAACGAACGAUGAUUUCCAAAACUACGAAGAACUAGAGACCGUAGCUUCUAUGGGCGUAACUGUCGUCUUUAGAUGCAGUGGCGGUUCACUUAGCACCCUGGUCUUUUUCAUAAACAUUAUAGACACAAAUAAUAAUGCACCGCAAUUCAGGCCGAAUAGUGUUUAUCUUUUCAAAAUUGCACCGCCUGUUCCACCAGGAUUUCUGAUCACCGAUUGCAUCAAUGAUAUUAUCGCACGCGAUAUUGAUCUGACGACAGAAAAGAUUGUAUUCGAAAUACAACAAAAUCCAUAUUUUGAAAUUAGCUACAACGGGAGCACAACGCCUAAAGAAUUCAAAGCAAUAUUGAAGACAUCUGCAUUUAUAAGAAGAUUGCCGGAGCCAAUAACCUUAUGGAUUAGUGCUACGGAUGUCGAUCGUACCACCGAUCCUCCACUCACAACAAAUGGAACAAUUCGCAUUGAAGCUGAUACUGAAUUUGAAUUUCCAGACGAUCUCAUAUUCUCCGGAACUUUUUACUUAGGAAAUUAUUCGGACGAUCAUCAAGUGUUGCUACAGAAGGAAAUCUACCUUCAACAGGGUUACGAUGAAAAUGUAACUUUUACAUUAGAAGGAGAUAACAAAGACCAUUUUGAAAUUAUUCAAAACGGAAACAGUCUUAAUUUAAAUGUAACUAAUCCGAUUCCCAUUGGAACUAUCGCACAAACGCAGAUAUAUUUAAUUAUAAGAGCAAGUCGAGAGCUUACGAGUGGCACAACUGCAACAAUCAUAUUAAGCUUUCAAGCUAGGACUUUGGCUUUUAAAUCUCUUACUUACAGCGGUUUUUUGGUAAAUAGCGACGUUGCACUAGAAACAAUGGAAUUAAGUGUUGGUUAUGAUGAGGAUGUAACCUUCAAACUAACAGGAGAAUAUUCAACUUAUUUUGCAACACUAAAUACUGGAAAUCAAGUAACAUUGAAAGUAUUAGAUGAGCUUCCCGAGACCAUAAUUUCUGAAAACAGCCUUUUGAUUUUUAAUUUAUUUGCAACUGCUAACAAUACAAGCACAGCGACAACAACUAUAAUACUGGAAAUUAUAAAAGAGGACACAGUAACACCAGUAUUUAGUCAAAAUAUUUAUUAUAGUACUUAUUCCUCGGCGUCCCUAUUAAACACAGAAAAUGUAUCUUUAAUACAAGGGCUCAGCGAAAAUGUAACAUUUCGACUUUCCGGAGAUCACGCACAAUUUUUCAAUAUUUCUCGCCAGGAAAACAAUAUCUCAAUAUUUUUACAGUCCUCAAUACCUCGGGAGAUAAUUUAUAACGAAAAAGUUCUAAUAUUCAACAUAAUAGCAGAGAAGCCAUUAACUGUAGGCGCUAACGCUGCUAUAUCUAUUAGUUUUCCACCAGAACUUACCGACCCAGUAACGAUGAGAUUUUCGAAAAAUACUUACAUUGGUAAAAUAGAAAACAAUGUGUUGACAAUUGAGACACUCGUACUCAUUGAAGGUUUCCUACCUGAAACUUCAUUUUCACUUAUUGGAGAAAUUAUAAAGGAAAUCCCACCAACAACUGCCACGUUCGAGCAACCUUAUUACUAUGGAGAAUACUCUAACGAAAUCGGCCUACAGUUUACCAAUACUAUUCGUUUAAAAGAAAAUUUAAACGAUAAUGUUACCUUAGAACUUGUUGGCAAUUACUCAGAAUGGUUCACCCUUAUACCUGCGGACGAAGGCGCAUCUCUAGCAACCAUAUCUCCUUUGCCAUCAGAUAUAUUGGCACACAAUAGACAACUUAUCUUCAUCAUCUCUGCAGAAAUGUAUAAUAACAUGACAAUAGCUAGGUCAACAAUUUUCAUUGUGCUUACAGAUGACAAAAACAUCAAGCCUAUACUUAGUUUCGAGAGGACUCAUUACAUUGGAACUAUCAAUGACACAACACUUGAGUUGCAACCUAUUUCUCUUAUCAAUGACUUUUCUGAAGAUGUGUUAUUUUCGCUGCACGGGGAAUUAGCAAUUUACUUUACGAAUACAUCAAAUGGAAAAACAGUAUCUAUAACAUUGCCGACCCCAAUUCCUGAAGAGUCUCUGCCUGACAACCGAAUAAUAAUACUCGAGUUACAAGCAUCUUCUUCCGGAGCUUUAUCAACUUACGCCAUUAUUGUUCUUCAAGUAUUACAACAUGAUGAAGUUCUUGACAGCACCAAUGUACUACAAUUUGCUGAGACGUAUUACGUCGGAUUUUACAACGAAGUUGAUGGUUUCAUAUUUAAUAACAAUAUAACGCUUGCUAAAGGAUACGAUGAUAGUGUUGAGUUUUCAUUGCACGGUGAAAACUCGAUUUGGUUUACAAUAUCACCGUUGGACGAAGGGGUCACAAUAUCCAUCAACGGUUCACUUUCUUCAGCUGUAUUGGCUAAUAAUACUCAGCUCAUUUUCGAAAUUAACGCAAAUAGACCUGGCAAUCCUCUCACAGCUAGAUCUACUAUAAUCAUCAUCCUUACAAAGGAGAUUCGUACAUCACUCCUCGGUUUUGAAAAGAGGAAUUACAUCGGCUCGGUGGAUAAUGUUACGGUUAAUCUUGAAGCAAUUAGGUUGGUAGAAGGGUUUUCAACAAACGUUGAAUUUUCCCUCAUCGGAGAGUUUUCGAUAUUUUUUACGAAGAUGAUUGACGGGGCUACAGUUUUUAUAUCAUUGCAGAACGGCAUUUCAGAAGAAAUUUUAUCUAAUAAUCGAGUUAUCAUACUAGAGCUCAUGGCAUCAGCACCGGAAGCUAUACCAAGUUACACCUCAAUUAUACUCGAAGUUAAAAUGCAAAGCGAAUUGCCUAUUUACAUUGAGCUGCUUGAGUUCAACCAAACAUACUAUACCGGAGUUUACAGCAUAACCGAAGGCCUAAUUUUUGAUAAUACUAUUAGCCUCACGGAGGGUUCCCACGAAAGAGUAGAUUUCGCACUUGAAGGAGAUCACUCCAUAUGGUUUGCCCUGGAGCCGACAGAGAACGGCUUAAUACUAAUUCUUACUAGUCCCAUACCAUUAGCAAUACUCUCCGAAAAUUGGCAGCUUAUUUUCAUUGCAACUGCCAGAAAACCGGAAAGCUUUAUUAGUGCUAGAUCAACAAUCGUGAUUUCUCUUCCAAGUGAUUCUGACGAUGCUUAUAUAUUAUUUGAUAAGUUGCACUACAGUGGUGUUUGGCGUGGCGGUGACAUAUCACAUGAAAGUAUUUUUGUUUCCGGGUACAAUGGGACACGUAUUGAAAUUUACGGAGAUUACGUCACUUUCUUCACGGCUCAAAUAAACGCCGGAAUCGUGACUGUUCAGCUAAGAGGCACAACGCCUCCACCCAUUGAUAAAUCUCACGUAGUUCUAGAACUUCGUGUUCCUGGUGCUGGCUCUGUUCUCAUACUUGAUGUCAUUCAACAAGAAACUCCUGGUACCCCUACCGUGAGAUUUAGUUCAGCUUCAUACGUUAUGCAAGUGGACAAUACACAGACGGGAUUAAUCGGACAGGUUGCAGCAAGCGCUGAUAACGGAGAAGACAUUAUCUACUCACUACUAGUAGACCAAGAGGAUCUGAAAGAGCGGCUCUCAGUGAACAAAGAAGGAGAAGUUCAUCUCUUCGCUCCAGCUGGCAUCGGUGUGCACACGUUCCGAGUUCUGGCCACGACUCAACUCACCAUGGUGAAUGACAGUGCUGUGGUGCUGCUUAUUGUCGAGGGAGCUGAUAAGUGUACUAAUGAAGAAGGGGUUCCUCCGCUAAUUCUGUUAGAUAGAGACGAAGAAUCUCCUCACGAAAAUCUGGUCGUGUUGAAUAAGACAACACACGAGAACUGCCAGUUCGUCAUGAUAAACCAUUGGCCUGUCGACCAAGCGUGGCUGUACGUAGACGAAAACGGCCUUCAUACCAGGUCUAUCGACAGGGAGCACGAGACGAUCGCAUUUAUGGCACUUUCCCAGAUACAAGUCGAGCUGAUACUGCAUUGCCAGAACGACGAACCAACUACUAGGACUAAGCGCUCUCUCAACACCGACGUGAGGUUAAAUCCUUUAGGGCCAUACGAUUACGGCCCCCUCAAAUGGGCUCUGACGGACUCUAUUUCGUACAAUGUCAGACGAAGCUUCGUAAACCUGAUCGUUAACGACAUCAAUGACAACAACCCGAUAUUUGAGUUGAAGGAAACAGAGCCCAUCGCUGUCGGUUAUCCGAUACCAGAUUUAGUAGAGACCGUUUCCCCUCGAGCUUUAGCGGAAUUAAAGGCAACAGACGCGGACGUGGGUGAGAAUGCAGCGUUGGUCUACUGGAGCCCUGAGCCUGCACUGGCGGUCUCAUCAUCGACUGGAUAUGUACACGUGCGCAGCAAUGCGGAUCUUGAGAACGGAGAUCGCUUUACAAUUUACGCGACUGAUCGCAACGGACUAGGACAUACUGGAUCAAUUGACAUAGUGAUACGACUUUUAAAUAUUGAUCGUAUAGCCGUAAUCACAAUUCGAGGCGCAUUUCUGGAAGACGAAAACACUGUUUUAGCGAAUUUGAGUACUACUCUCGGAUACGAAGUAAAAACUCUGCGGUCUAAAGUGAUUCCGGUGAACUCUAAACCAAAUGUAACUGCAAACGUAUAUAGAAAAGGAAGCCAAAUUGAUGAUAGUGGUGGAGCGGUUUUACAGCUGUAUAUUUAUGGAUUAAUUGACCGUGACCCUGUAGAUGUUGGACGUCUCACUACUGACAUAAAUAAUAAUAUUAUUAUGGCAAAUUUAGUUACUGCGUUAUCUCUACAAGAUCAUCUAGAGAGACGUGAGGCAUGUACGAUUCCAGAGCAAGAUACCGGCUUGUUAGCUGCAACAAUAGCACUCAGUAUCGUGCUUUUUAUCCUAAUUGUGGUGUUAGUGGCUUGGCUAUUCCUUAAAUGGAGGAAAAAAAGGAGUUAUGACCAAUUUAGCGAUGAAAACAGCUUAACUUCUAGAGAUCAAAUACAGCAGCCGCCAAAGGGUGAUGAACUUGAUAAACCAAGAUUAAAUUUGGAUCAGCUAAAAAGAAGUGAAAAACGACUUCAAGAAAUGCUCGAUGUCCCUGUAGACAAGCCCGAUACCAGUGAACCGCAGAAGGAGAUUCCAAUUGAAACUAUUGUUAAUGUAGCACCAGAGCAGCGGAUGCCUUUGGUAAUACAAUCUAUUGACAAACUAAAAGACGCAGCUGAUGCUUCGGACGAUGAAGAUGAAUUUGGAGAAACUAAGACACCGCGAAGAAAAUCAGUGGUUACAUUCAAUGAGAACGUUGAAAAAAUUAUACAUCUAGAGGAUAAUCACAGUGAUGGCGAGUACGAAGUUUAUAAAUUU